AUGUACAGCACUUCGACAGCCGCUGGACAGGCCCUGCAGUACCUGCAGAGCUACAGCCUGCAGCCCCCCUUCAGGCUGCACCUUCAGGCCGCGACCCCAAUGGCCGUCAACUUCGUCGGCAUGUCGCAGCAGUUGUUAUCGGGCGAGCUGUCCCCCCUGGACUCCCACAACAGCAACGGAUCCAUUCUGGACUACUCGGACCACGCCGGGCUUGAGGCGGGCCUGGCAGCCCUGCAGCUGGGCCAGCGCCUGGGUGCAGCCGACCUGGCCUCCAGCGCGCAGGCUCUGGACGGCGGCCCGGCCAUGUUCCACCACCCCGGGCACCACCACCCCGCGGACGCCUGGCCCAUGGGCAUGGUGGGGCCCCUGGGUCACCAGGACAUGGGGCCCGCGCUGAUGCAGGCGGCGCUGGCGCAGCAGCAGCGCGGUCUCAACUGGAUGGCCGCGCGGCAGAGGGGCCUGAUGGCGCGGCCCCUGGGCAAGGAGGGGGCCAGCAAGGAGCCCACGGUCAAGCUGUGGCUGGGCGGGGUGGAUGGCUCUGCCACGCUUGAGAUCAUCGACGACAUCUUUGGCAAGUUCGGACCCCUCGCCGACAAGGAGUUGCAGCAGGCCCGUCAUGAGCGCGGUCGCACCGACCAGUGGGGCUUUGUGGUCUUCAAGCAGGUGUCUGAUUCCCAGGCAGCCUACGACCACCUGUGCGGCAAGGUGAUCCCCGAGCUCACGGGCACCCGCCGCCUGAAGCUGCAGUACCGCACCCCCGACCCCCGCCGCAACCGGGCCAUCCUCGUGACGACCGCCUGA